UCACUGCACUGUUUUUCCCUCACUGCACUGUUGUAGGCAUGUGACUUUUAAAAUCUAACUUAAUCUGCAAGUCGUCUAUUUAAGCUAUAGAGACACACAAUGAUCUCCCUUAGUGAAUUGGUUCUUGCAGUGUGAAAUACUGUCUCCCACGUCUGUAGCUGUGUUUUUGGUUGCAGUUAAGUGCGCUGGGUUCUCACUUGGGAAGGUAUAUAGACGGUUCUUUGUUAGAUUAUUAUUUGCAUAGCAUACAAAAGCACUGGGUUAUUUAACUGAGACAUUUUCUGUGCUCUUGCCAUGAAUAUUCAUUUGUGCCAAGCUUGGUUUUUAGCAGAACAGUUAUUUGCAUUUCAGUCAGCCGUAGUAGUGGGUAUAUCCCAACAAGCAUCACUCAACCAUACAGAACAGACUUUCCAAACAGUUGCUGGUCACCUGCCAAAACGGCUAAAGAGAACACAAACUCACCAGCCUGAGAUUACUGCUUAACAGCACUUGACCUGUGGCUGGUGUUCAUUUUCAACCCUGGUUGUAAAGUUUUUCUAGUAAAGGCUCCCUCAGUUUUGCCAUGCUUUUGAGACAUAAAUGUCUUUGCUUCGUACAACCGGAAACAUAGACUAGAAAGCUGUGACCAGAGGAGGAGGAAAACAGUUGGGGGGUGGCCAUAGGGCCUAAGCCCUGCUCGUUGAGUUUCCGAUCAGCUCAAUCCCGGAUUAGUUCACUGACGGAGAUGCUGCUGAGCCUUUGCCAAAUCAGGUCUUGCAGCUACACCCCAUAACCCAACAGCAUGCAGUAACUGCACAGACAGCGGAGAGAUGGAGGCAUUCAUUGAAAGUUUUCCCUGGCAAGACAGCAAGUGGGACCAGGACCUGGCUGAGAGUGGACACUCCUGCAGAAACAGAGAGUAGAAAGGCUUUACUUCAAAACUCUCUUUUGACCUUUGUAGAGCCUAUUGUGCAAGCUUGCUGGGACACUGCUGUGUUUACUGUAUAGAGUAUUUAUAACAGCAGAUCAAGAGACUCCUGAGGCGAAUUCCUCCCAGGGAAUGUUUCCGUUGCUCUCAGGGGGACAAGCCAAGCAAUCGCACACUCUGCCUGAAUCACGAAGGGAGCACUAUGUUAACUCCAAGGCACAGAUUAAGCUAAAAAAAACCCGCACUGCUGCUUUCAAGGGACGUAAAUGGGUGCGAACCAGAGAGAUAAACUGGGCUCCCAUUAGCAGGUCCCUGGAUGCCCCGCGGCGCACUGUCCUCGGCCAGCAAGUGCUUCCCAAUGGCCGGGAGUUGACCACAUCCACUAAGAUGACGCUGCGUGAGCAGCUGAGAGAGAAGAUCUCGGCGGCCUUCUACCGCCAUGGGCUGCUGUGUGCCUCCUACCCAGUACCCAUCAUUCUCUUCACCUCCGCCAGCAUCCUCACCUGCUGCUAUCCGUUAUUGAGGCUACCCCUGCCUGGGACGGGUCCUGUGGAGUUCACCACAGGGGUUCGAGACUACAGCGUCCCUUCCCAUGAGCCUCAGGGAGACCUCGGAGAACGGCCUGACUGGUACCGAGGCCCGCCGGUUGCCUACAUCCAGCAGGUGUUGGUGAAGGCAGCAGUGUCUCCAUGGGACAGCAGCCUGGUGCCGGUGGACAUGUUUCGGUCACCGCUGGGUCGAGUCUUUAGUCUGCUGGAGGAGAUUCGCAACCAUGUCCACUCUGACAGUUCCGGCGUUCGCAGUCUGGAGACUCUGUGCCUCCAGGUGACAGACCUGUUUCCAGGGUUACGGCGGAUGCAGUCGGUGCUGCCAGAGCACGGCUGCCUGCUCGUCUCUCCUGGCAACUACUGGCAGAACCAGCGGGAGCUGUUCGACUCGGACUCUGACCUCCUCAAGACCAUCCAGAAGCACGAACCGAAAGGCCUGCACACAUCAGCGACACUGCGAGACCUGCUAUUUGGUGUCCCUGGGAAGUACACAGGGGUCAGUCAUUACAACAGGAAGAGGGUGGUGACGUACACAAUCACUGUGGUGCUGUCCAGCUAUGACGCAAGGUUCAUGGGCAGCCUGCGGGCCCGCCUCAAGCAGCUUCACCCGUCUGCCAACUGCAGCCUCGGAGAGGACCACAUGGUUCACGUCCACUUCAAGGAAGAGAUCGGCAUCGCUGAGCUCAUCCCCCUCGUCACCACAUACAUCAUUCUUUUUGCCUACAUCUACUUCUCCACACGUAAGAUUGACAUGGUGAAGUCUAAGUGGGGCCUGGCUUUGGCUGCUGUGGUAACAGUCCUCAGCUCUCUGCUCAUGUCUGUGGGACUGUGUACACUGUUUGGACUGACACCCACGCUCAAUGGAGGUGAGAUCUUCCCUUACCUUGUGGUGGUGAUCGGCUUGGAGAACGUCUUGGUCCUCACCAAAUCUGUGGUUUCCACCCCUGUUGACCUCGAGGUCAAACUACGCAUUGCUCAGGGCCUUAGUAAUGAGAGCUGGUUUAUCAUGAAAAACAUGGCCACUGAACUGUGCAUCAUCCUGAUUGGAUAUUUCACUCUGGUGCCAGCUAUCCAGGAGUUCUGUCUUUUUGCUGUUGUGGGGCUGGUGUCUGACUUCUUCCUGCAGAUGUUCUUCUUCACCACAGUGCUAUCUAUAGAUAUCCGCCGCAUGGAGCUGGCUGACCUGAACCGCCGCCUGCCAGCUGAAGCGGGUCUGCCUCCACCAAAGCCAGGGCCUCUUCGUACCCGUGAGGUCCCCCCUCCACCACGACCCUCCCCGCACACAAUCACCCUGCAGACCCCGGCUUUCAGAAACUUGCGGCUCCCCAAGAGGCUGCGUGUGGUGUACUUCCUGGCGCGCACACGCUUGGCUCAGCGCAUCAUCAUGGUUGGCACAGUGAUUUGGAUCGGUAUCCUCGUCUAUACGGACCCGGCAGGAAUCCGCACCUACCUGGCUGCACAGGUUUCUGAGCAAAGCCCUCUAAGCGACCCUGGAGGAGGCGGUCUGCCCCCUCACCUAGGGGUUGCCCCAGUUUUUCGUGGUGGAGAUCCCACGAGCACCUUGAGCCUCCACCCUGCGCCAGAUCCAACUCCCAUACCAGAGAACCAAUCACAGGGUCACCAUGAUUCAGCCAGGGCUGGUACACUCCACCAGGCCCCGCCUUCUGUGCCUCAGAUCACCUGGAGCGCAGAAGAUGAGGAAGGAUGGAGGAGAUUGUCCUUCAGGCAUUGGCCAUCGCUCUUCAGCUACUACAACAUCACUUUAGCAAAGAGGUACAUUAGCAUCCUCCCCAUCAUUCCUGUCACCGUACAUCUGAGCCCCCAGGAGGCCAUUGAGACACGCCACCCUCAGGAUACGAGACACCCACCACCACCCAUCCCCAAGGUUUCUGCAGAUUUACAGACGGACCUCACCCUCUAUAAGGUGGCAGCUCUGGGCCUGGCUGCCGGUGUCCUGCUGGUUCUGCUGCUCUUCUGUCUCUAUCGUGUUCUGUGCCCACGUAACUACGGCCAGAACGGUGUUGCUCACGGACGCCGGCGUCGAGGUGACCUGCCCUGUGACGACUACGGCUACUCGCCACCCGUCAGCGAGAUCUCACCGCUGCUGCUGAGGGGCCACAGUAUGGACAUCGAGUGUUUGGCUAGUGAUGGGAUGCUGCUGGCGAGCUGUUGCCUGGCCGGACAGAUCCGGGUUUGGGAUGCGCAGACCGGGGACUGCUUGACUGUCAUUCCAAACCACGGGCUGAGACGGAGCAGCAGCAGUGGUUGCUGGGAGCAGCGGGACGGUUGGGACAGCAUGAGCGCAGUCACAGAUUCGGAGUGUUUAGGUUCUGAAGGUCGAGACCCGUCCAUGAGCGGCGACGGCCUGUCAGAGGAUGAAGGCUACCCACUGAGACGCCGCACAGCCCCCACUAGGCUGACUCUGUUCACCGACCAGCCGGAUCUCACCCCGCUCAUCGACACCAACUUCACCUCCCAACCUCCCUCCCACCUCUCCACUCCACCCAGAGGAGGCUUCGACUUUGGAGGUUUAGUGGAACGUGCCUACAUGGAGCACGAGCCACCAUCGCCCUCUGCCUACCCCUCUCCUUCCUCAGCCUCCUCCUCACCACCUUCAGCUGCUCACCUCCAUAGGAGACCGAGCUUAGGGGAUGCAGUCACCCCAGUAGUACCAGAGAGGGCCUUCACAGCAGGGACGCAAGCGACCGCAGACUGGGAAAGCUCUGUUUGGGCCAUGGAGCUGAGAGGAAAUCUGAUAGCUGCUGGGAGGAGCAGCGGCAAACUGGAGCUGUGGGAUGCAGUAGAAGGGUCACUACGCUGCAGUAAUGAAGACGGCGUCUCUGGGAUCACAGCUUUGGCCUUCCUCAACAACAGAAUCGUGGCGGCUCGUCUGAAUGGGUCUUUAGAUUUCUUCACUGUUGAAAUAAACAAACCUCUUGGUUUGCUGCAGUACAGAGCCAAGGCUGAAGGUCCCCCUGGACGAAGCAGCAUGCCUCCAUCUCCCUGUUACAGCAGCGAGGAUGUGAUCAGCUGCCAGCUCACACGCUCAGUACAGUGUGCUCACCAGAAACCGAUCACGGUCCUGCGAGCGGCCGCCGGCAGGGUCGUCACCGGCAGCCAGGACCACACAGUCCGGGUUUAUCGUCUGGAGGACUCGUGCUGCCUCUUCACCCUUCAGGGUCACUCUGGAGGGAUCACAGCCAUCUACAUAGACCAGACGAUGGUUCUGGCGAGUGGCGGGCAGGACGGUGCCAUCUGUCUAUGGGACGUCCUGACAGGAAGCCGUGUCAGCCAUGUUUAUGGUCACCGUGGUGACGUCACCUCUCUGGUCUGCACCACCUCCUGUGUCAUCAGCUCAGGACUGGAUGACCUCAUCUGUAUCUGGGACCGCAGCACUGGGAUCAAGCUCUACUCUAUACAACAGGAGGUGGGUUGCGGGGCCAGCCUGGGAGUGAUCUCAGAGUCUUUGCUGGUUACAGGGGGCCAGGGCUGCGUCUCCUUCUGGGACCUGAACUUCGGCGACCUGCUCCAGACGGUCUACCUGGGCCAGAGCAGCGACGGUCAGGGGGUCCGGCAGCUACUCGUGUUAGACAAUGCUGCCAUCGUCUGUGACUUCGGUAGCGAGCUCAGCCUGGUCUACGUGCCGUCAGUGCUGGAGAAACUGGACUGAAGAGCGCCAGCGGCUGAUGUCAUUGGGAAAACUUCAGAACAUCCAGUUUUUGCUUUGUUUUGUUGUUUCUUCCUUUUGGUUGAGACGCGAUCCUUCGAUAUAAGGUGUAUACAAGGCUAUUUUUUAUGGCAGUGCCGAGUUUUUUUAUUUGUUUCUUUUUCGUCUGGAUAUAAGGAUGCAGUCUGCUGCAUUUUAACGGAGCCAUCGUCUUGACAUUAGCGAAGGUUAUGAGGUUCGAUAAAGAAAAGCUGGAUAUUUCUCAUUAAGGGAGAAUCUGUCGGUUCCCAGUUUGUGCUUUUUGUGUGCGCGUGUUUUGUGGCUCUGCCCUCUAUGCUGCUGACAUGGGUGGGGCUUUACUGUGACCCCCACCCACCCAGAGAGGGAGAUUUAAACAGUCUCCUUGUUUUUAAAUAUUCCUGCUGUGCCGUUCGCUCGACAGCGAAGUGCAGUGAGCUAAACUGAGCAGUUGUUUGUGUGCGUGUUGGAGACUGAAUGGAUAGUGAAUGAAUCUAGGGCCUUUUUAUGGCAUAACACUGCUGAGAACAAGAAAUUAUUGGUUAUAUGUGAAGUGUGUGUGAGGGAAAACUGAUGAUUACUGUAUAAAGUAAACCUCCAGAGGGGGCUGUUUUUAUAUGUAUAAAUCUAUUAUUUAUUAGCGAUACAUUUUGUUUAUGAAUAGCUAAUCCCAGCUCUUAAACAAGAAUAUAUUAAUGUGGAAACGAUGACUUUAAUGUAAGAACGUGUUGGUUUGGCAUCGUUGGGCUAUUGGUUGUGAAAGGAUUGUUUGUAAUAUUGAGCUGGAAACGCUGAAGUGUUUAUGGUUGUGGAGUUGGGGGCUGUCGGGGAAAAGGUUCCUCUUUUGUCCCUGCCUCGGCCUCUGAUUCUGGGGUUACUGAUGCUGUAUGAGGGGUCGUUCUGCUACACCUUCAUCAGGCUACCUCCAUUUUCCAAAUUGCUUGAACUUAGGAAGACAGACGUUGCUUUUGGCCAGCGUCAUGUUUACAUUGGAGACCAUAUUGUCAUAAAUUGUGCCCUUUGGAGAUUUUUUUUUUCCAUCAUUGUUGACUGUAACUGGCUUAACUUAAACUGUUUUCAAUCCAGGAUUUUUAAUUUUGGCCACAAACAAUGACAACAUUUCUGUACCUUAUACUCUGUGUCACUUUGAACAUAAGUACAUCUAGUCAUUGGCAUGUUGUUGGUGCAAGGUUAAGGAGUUGCUCUUGAAAUCUGUUCACCUCUUUCUGUAAUUUGUCAGUAAAAUAUGGAUAAAGGCUUCAAAUAAUGAAUCUAUCAAAACCACUCCUUGAAAACAUCUGUUGAAUAUGCCUAAAAGCUAAUCUCAGCUAGUUCAUUCUAAAAAUCUGGAUUAUGAAUGAUAAUUUCAAGAAUUUAACACUCCGUUUUAAAUAUACCUGAGAUUCGUAACUCACAUUAAUAAUCGACGAUAUGAUAAAUAUGAUCAUUUCUCUGAUUUGCUCACGAAAUCUUGACGAGAAUCCGGCAUGUCUGGUUCAUACUUAAAGUCAUUAGGAAAGUCAUGUUCUCCUUAAAACAUUUAAAAUGAAUUUCAGUAAUGCAAUGUAUUACCAAAAACAUUUCUUAAGCCACCUAAAAAAUACAAUAAAAAUCUUUCUAUCACACAGCUAUUUCUGCCAGGGAACUUAAACGGUUACAUUGCUCUCUUCAACGCCACCAAAUAUGGGAGUUGAUGUUUUAACACGUUACUUUGCAAACUAACGGUAACAAAUUACCAUUUUUGUCAAUAGAGUGGUGGCUUUGAAUAGGGCUUAGGGCAAUAUAAAAGAUUCAGUUCCCUGUCAGAAAGGGGCUGUCUGAUGGCAAGACAAAGUGGUGAAAAUAUUCCAAAUGUAGCCUACGCCAACACAGCAGCACCCCCUGAAGACUUUCUAUUUUCUGUUCUCUCACAGUGAACUUUGCAUUCCAUUUGAUGGUGUGCUGAUUCAGCACAGUGACAGUUCACUCUCAGAUUACAGUGAACUCUGCAGAUACUACAGAAAGGAGGGAUUGGCGUGAUGCAUUAUUGCUCAUUAUUUAUUUUAAAAGGCCGAUGUCCGACUGCAUCCAGCUGCUGGCUGUGAGCAGCUGUGAUGGUGAGGCUUUAGCUGGAUAUAUGAUCAUUGUUUGACCUUCAGCUGCUGCGGUUCAAUCUGUGGUGUUGGGGAUGUGUCCAGCUGUUACUCUGUGUUUGUUUAGGAGUUGAGGAAUACAGCAACACUCAACCAGCAGAACUAUUCCUGCAUGUAGCCAGUGUCACAACCAUUAAAACUGCUCUCUGUAGUUGUAACUGUAAGAGCUGGACUUUAUAUCUUGUAGACUAUAGACUGCUGCUGGCUGUGACUACAGAGAGUUGGUACAGCCUCAGCUGCACUCUGAAGAAAAAAGAAGUAGCUGGUUCAUCAGCUCUAUUACCGAUUGCUGUAUGACUGCAGCUUUGAAUCUCAGCAGUCACAGCUGAGGGUGCAGUGGCUCUCUGUAGUCACAACUAACAGAGAUCUAUGAGCUACAUGAUACUGUGGAAAUGUACAGCUCAUACAGUUAGUGAGAUCCAGUGCAUGCAGCUUCGUUCUCAACAGAACACUGACUACAUGCAGCAGUAGUAUAGCUGGCGGAGUUUUAUUAAAGUGGCUUUAUUCCUGACCGAAAUAAACAAACACAUCUGUCCCAGAAGAACCACAGAUUCAACUGCAGCAACAACUGAAGUCUGAAUGAUAAUGAUACAUCCACACACGGCAUCACAGCAGGCAGAGCAGCUGCGCACAACCAGCAGCGCUGUCAGAUAUAGGCUUUUUUAAAUGAAUAAUGAGCAGUAAAUGCAUGAAGCCUCACCUCAUGUCGCCUUUCUGUUGUAUCUGGCAGCAGGACUGGGGUAAACACUGCCUGUUUGUAUGGAACAUAAGAACACAUUUACAAGACAACACAAAACAAACUAAAAAUUAAGAAUGCGAUCUUGUAUGUCUAUGUUUUGGGGUUUUUUUGGUUGGUAAACUGCAUUUUCUUGCUGAUACCGUCCAUCUACUCUUGUCAGCUUUCUCAAACAACCCUAAGUAUCCCAGUAACCUCUUCCUAAUCUUCUCAGUGCCUGAUCUUCACCCCUACUUUACUCUGGAUAGCUGUUCAGAGAAUGUAAUCCCAAUGAUUUAAGACUUUUCCCUGACUGCCACCAACAACAUCCAGAAUGUAUUUUCUCCAAAUUAUCUACCAUCUACUGUAUCUGCAUCUACUGAAUGUAGUCUCAGAAGGUGUGAUGAAGAAAUCUGUUAAAGACCAGCGUCUAAACACUAAUUGAAUGCACUACUAACCCUCUCUGACGAACAUGCUCGCACGCAUUCUAGGCACUUUUGCAAACAUCGGCUUACAUACAGGAGAGGCGGUUGUAACUAGACUUGCCAACCAAGUUCACACCUGCAGCACUGGUAACCACACAUGUGAAGGACUACAGCACUGGUUCCUCUGGGAUGCAGUUACCAUUCGGGGAGCAGGCAGCUGAAAAUUGGGAUUUUUCACAACUUUAUUGUCAGUAUUCACAUUUGAAUAUUAACUUUUAGGACAAGCAUCCAUCUGGAUCCCACAGCAGCCAGUAAAGUAGCCUCCUUGGCAUUGUAGCGAUGCUCAUAUAUUAGCUCUGUGUUUUCUGUUGUGUAGUCGGGAAAUGUGUAGAUUUUAGAUUUUUUUAUGUUUUCUAUUCUAGCAAUGUGAAUCCAACUCAAAGUUUGACAUUUUGGAAGAUACACUUACUUUGAAAGAGCGAGCUAGGUAAGACUUUAAGAUUGUGACAAAGCAGACUUGGCAGCACAUGUAAAGCAUACCUGGCUGAAAAUUAUCAAGAAGUUACAAUACAGAAAGACUGUGUCUGAGAGAUUAAUGAUACAUUUAAACCAUUUCUGUCUUGACUCUUCAGUUUUAAUGUAUAUCUUUUGUGAGCUGUAGAAGUACUGAUUUUCUUGUCAUUUGACAGAACCAGACUAGCUGUUUUAAGGCGACAUUCUGUGGUGACAGGGGGCGCUGCUGCGUGGAGAUUACUCUGUACAGUGUUUGUUGGUAUUAACAUCCCUGGCUUCUACUUUUUUUUGCCUAUUUAAAUACUAAAUAUUUUUCUUUCCCAUGUAGAAUUCCUCAGAAAUGUGACCUUGAUUCUGAUGUGCUGCAGUUUAUCUGUACCUGGAUUUUUUUUUUAAAAGGAUGCAUUCACUAUUUAUUAGGUAAUUUCUGUUCCCGUCUUUAAAGAUUGAAUAACUCCAUAUAAAGCCACAUCAGGAGUAAAUAGGAGUACAUUAGAAUGAAGGUCACACAUUCUGUUCAGCCAAAAUAUACAGCAUGUAAAUAUCAAGUGGUCCAACAGCGCCCCCUACAGUCACACUUUACAAAUGUCACAGAAUAUGGUGGAACACAGCUACGAAUGAGUUUUAUCAAGAGAUGAAAGUAAGUUAAAUAUUUGCCAAAAUGUCAAACUUAUGGCAUCUAAUUAGUCUCAAAACCCACGCACAUAAAUACAGGUGUGUGCGCGAUACGAGCACAGAAAACCAUCGUCAUGAGGAAAUGUUUCUGCUCUGUGCACACAAAUGCAGUCCUACGAUAAAGAUUCGCUCCUCAAGUUUGCUUUUCAAACUUUGGAGGUGCAACAGUGGCUGAUAACUCAUUUGAUUGGUUAUAUGGUUGUUUUUCUCUACAUUUAUUUGACUUUAAAUUCUGAUUGAUUAAUUCAGAUGAAACUUAAUUGAUUCUCGGUUGAAAAUUUACAAGCUACACAAAAGUAAAAGUAAUUCAGAUCAGCUUCAUCUUUACAAGGGGCAACAUUAAAGUGAUGAACACAGUAAAUCAUCAAUAACAGUAAUAGACAAUGUUCUAUGGAUUAGCACUUCUACUUUUGGUUCUCUUAGGAAAUACUUUUGUGCUUUUAUUUAAAGGAAACUUUUAACGCAGGACUCCUACUUGUAACAGAAUGUUUCUGCAUUGUAGUAUUGUUACUUUUUCUUAAGAACAAGACCUGAGUUCGUGUUCACCACCAUCUGUUUCUCAAAAUGUAAAAGUUAACUUGGCUAGUGAGCGUAAAUCCGUCACAAGUAUAUAGGGAAGGUUGAGCUUACAGUCAUUACAGCCUCAUAGCCACUGGACUGCAUUUGUACACGCAGAGCAGAAAUACUCCCUUGCAAGGAUAGCUUUCUGUGAAUUUGUAUCACAUGCCUGGUUUUCAUCUGCACAGGUUUUGAGACUGAGUAACGGUUCCUUUACAGAGGGAAGGAGGGUUGGUGUGGCAAAUUCAAAUGCAUCUCAGCUUCUUAUGAAUGUUUUGGUUCAUAAUAAUAAUGGACUUGGCCUUUAAACAGUCUAUAUCCAGCAAUACUUCAUCAGGUAAUGGAUAUGGUUUUACCUGAUUUAUUUUAGAAAACCAUGCUCGUUGUCGCUGUUCAUACAUACCUUUUCAUCCUGUUGCUUUCAUUCACGCAGCUGUCUGUUGCAUAUCAAGAGUUAGUGGGGAAAAAGGCAUUUCUCCACGGUCGCAUCCUCACAGUAAAUGGCAGAAAUCUGAUGUUUGACACGUUGUGGUUCAUGUGUGAUCCUCCUCCAGCUGCUUAAACAAGUAGAAAUCAGAGUCUGCAUCACUUCAUUCUCACCAUUUAGACAGCUGUCAAGAAAAUCACAACUGUGGGAGAAAAUAAAACAUGCAGUCCACAAAUCCCCAGGUCUGCUCCUUUCCCCCUCCAGCCUCCUCCCCUCAUUGGCUGGCUACAAUCUACACAGGCUGUAGUAAUGAAGGUAACUUAUUUACUAUUUUGUAACACAAAAAUGCGCAAGACUUUGUACUAAUUUUCAAAUAAAGAGGCUUUGAUACCAGA